AUGAAUCAAGGGAGUGGAGAUGCAUCUGAGAAGAGGAGUGAACCGCCACCAUCCAAGAUCGAAGCUUUGGAUGGCUCCAACUACGAGGAAUGGAGCGGGCGGAUGCGGAGCGCCUUCAAGCGCUACAAGCUGCUGAAAAUUGCAAUGGGAGAGGAGAAGAUGCCGGGGGAAGGAGACGCCCGCGAUCGGUGGAUUGAGAAGAGUGCGGUGUUGUACGACUUGAUUCUACAGUCGGUCAACAACGACAUGUUCCAGCAUAUCAAGGAUUUGGUGGAGCUCGAUGACUCGGGACCGAAGGCGUGGAAGCUGCUACGCGACGUGGUUCAACCCAACACGCUGCCGAUGGUGAUCGUAUUGGAGAAGGAGUUGGCUGCCCUCUCCAUGCGGCCGGGAGAUGAUGUGAAGCCGGUCCUUGACAAGAUCAAGGACACCUAUGCGAGGAUGGCAGCGGCGGGCAGCGAAGUGUCGCAGAUGCAACAGUGCACCAAGAUCAUCUCGGUGCUCGACAACUCGUGGGACAACCUCAUCCCCACCCUCAACAUUCAGCAGGACAAAUGGACGCCUGAGUGGCUACGGCAGCAGAUCCUGCAGGAGGACUUCCGCAGGCGCCACACUGGAGGUGGUGCUGCCAACAAAACUGCUGAGGGGUAUGGAGCUGCAGGAGGCAGCAGAGGGAGAGGGGGAGGGAGAGGCCGAGGCCGUGGGAGAGGCUUUGGCAGAGGGAGAGGCCGAGGUGACUACAAUGAGGGGCAUGGGAGCUCUGGUGGCAGGGGGAGCACCCGAAUGGAGGGUGCGUGCUGGUACUGCAAGAAGGCUGGACACCCAUGGUUCAAGUGUUUCAGCCGGCCUGAAGGAUGGGCGCCUCCAGGCAUGAAGCCGCCAAGUGGUGAACGUGCACGAGGUGGUGCUGUGCAAGGUUCAGGUGCACAAGGUGAUGGUGCACAAGGUAAAGCCGACCCUGGUAUGUUCCUCAUGGUUGAGGACGUGCAAGGGAGUGGGGGUGAUGUGGGUUCAGUUGGGAAGGUUGUGAUGCACCCCCUCACUCACUGGGUGAUCGAUUCAGGUUGCACGAGUCACAUGACUCCACGGGCAGAUUUGCUUGAUGAGGUGAAGCCCCCUGGGAAGAUAAAGUUUGUGGCUGCCGCUUCAGGUGCCUUGCUCCCUGUGAUUGGUGUUGGGAAUGCCAAGGUUAUGGGAGCUAAUGGGGGGCUUGUGGGGCUGGGAAAAAUGCUGUUGGUUGAAGGUUUAUCCGCUAACCUCCUCUCUGUGCGCCGGCUGCAGAAAAGCAAGGCCAAAGUUACGUUCGGCCCAACCUGCUGCCGUGCAAAGCUUGGGAAGUUGCUGCUGUGGAAUUUGGAGGAGAAGAGCAGCUGCAUCAAGGACUUGUGGCAGCUGCCCAUCAUCCCUUGGAAUGGGAAACCACCAGCAACGGCAAAGGCAGCGGCAGCGGCUAAAGCAACUGCGGGAGGAGAUGAGACUUCACCAACUGCAGGGGCCCUAGAUGCAGUCAAGAAGGUGCAGCAGUCACAGCAACCACAUGGUGAGGUGCUUGCUGGUGUGGAUGCGACAGCUGCAUGGGCAAAGGCUUCAUCUGGGAGUGGUGAGGCUGAUUGGGAGACGUGGCAUGAGAGGCUGUGCCAUGUGAACAUUCCUAUGCUGCAGAAGUUGGUAAAGGAUGGGUGCUUGAAGGGGCUGGAGGUGAAGGGGGGAGCAAAGGAGAUUGGGAGCUGCCCUACCUGCCUUGAGACCAAAUUCACGAAGUUUCCCUUCAGCAGCAGCACAGGACCAGCCAAGGCACCACUUGCACUAGUACACAUGGAUGUGGUGGGCCCCACGAGGGCCCUUUCUCUCUCGGGCAGCCGCUACUUCUUGACAAUUGUGGACGACCACACACGUGCGGUGUGGGUGUACCCUCUCAAGACUAAGGGGGAGGUGGCAGCGGCUGUUCUUAAGGAGUGGAUGCCGAGAGCACAAAGGGAGAGCGGACACAAGGUGAAGGUGAUCCGCACUGACAACGGAGGAGAGUUCAUCGGCGCUGAUUUUGAGAAGGAGCUGAAGCGGAAGGGGAUCCAGCAUCAGCUCACAGUGCCUUACAACCCUCAGCAGAAUGGCGUGGCUGAGCGGUUCAACCGGACCCUGCAGGAAGGUGCUCGCACUCUCCUUGGGCGUGCAGGGCUGCCGGAUCCGUUUUGGGUGACAGCACUGCGGCAGGUCGUUGUUGUGAAGAACCGGGUGCUGGCGACUGUGGGGGACAAGCAAUGGGUCCCCUACACCAAGUGGUAUGGGAGUGCGCCUGCAGUCAACAUGCUGAGAACUUAUGGCUGCAUGGUGGUGUUUCAUGUGCCUAAGGAGAAGAGGGGAAAACUGGAAGCUUCUGGGAGAUGGGGUGUGCACUUGGGGCUUGCUAAGGAUCACAAGGGCUGGCUGAUUUGGGACUUGACCAGCCAGCAGCUGACUGUGUCAAGGGAUGUGAAGUUCCUUGAGUCCUUGUACUACAAAGAGUGGAAGCAGCAGCAGCAGCAGAAGCUUCCUACGACACCGCUAAUUGUCGAGGCCGAUGAGGUGCAGCGGCCUUCGAGGCAGGUGGAGGUUUCUGACUCCAAGGAGGAGAUCUCUGGGGUGACUGAUGAUGGGGGAGAACCUGUGGUGGAGCAGCAGCAGCAGCAGCAGCAGGAGGAGCAAGGUGCUCCACAAGGUGCCGGACGUACGGGUGACCGUCCUAGGAGGGAUGUGCGCCCUCCUAACAGGCUGACCUAUGCAAGCCGUGGCAAGCCAAAGGUGGUGAGGGCUGGGAGUGUGGCUGAGCAGUGUGAUGAGGAUGAGAUAGCACACUGCUACUGGGCAGCCGUCCCUGAGCCCAAGACGCUAGCUGAGGCAUUGAGCGGGCCCGAUGCUGAAAAGUGGAAGCAGAGUGUGAAGGAGGAGUAUGAUUCUCUGCUAGAGAAUGAGACGUGGGAGCUGUGUGAGCUGCCACCCGGGAAGAAGGCCAUUUCUUCCAAGCUGAUUUUCAGGCACAAGUACGGACCUGAUGGGGCGCUGACCCGCUACAAGUCAAGGCUUGUGGCUAAGGGGUUUCAGCAGACAAAGGGAAAGGACUUCAACGAGCUCUAUGCUCCUGUGGGGAAAGGCACAACACUUCGGGUGUCAUUGGCAAUGGCAGCAAACCGUGGAUGGCAGGUGAAGCAGAUGGACAUCACCACCGCCUUCCUCAAUGGGAUCAUUCUGGAGGAGCUGUACAUGUUACAGCCUGAGGGUUUGGAUGAUGGGAGCGGCAGGGUGUGCAGGCUGAAGAAGGCCAUCUAUGGCCUGAAGCAGGCUCCUCGUGCAUGGUACCACAAGUUAGAGGAGACUCUGCUGGCUGGGGGUUUCAAGAAGAGUGAGUGUGAUCACAGCUUGUUCCUGCUGCAGGAGAAGGAGCAGUUUCUCAUGCUCCUGGUGUAUGUGGACGACAUCCUGCUCUUCUCUGAUUCGUCUGCAAUGAUUGAGCAUGUGGAGGAGAUGCUGGAGAUGCAGUUCAAGUGCUCCAAGAUGGGAGAUGUGAAGUACUAUUUAGGGAUGCAUGUGGAGAGGGACCUUGACAAGGGAGUGUUGAGGUUGCACCAGAGAAAGUAUUGUGAGGGGCUGGCUGAGAAGUAUGGGCUGCAAGAUGGAGGAAAGCCAGCCACCCCACUGCCUUCGGGGUUCACUGUGGAGCCCUGUGCUGAUGAGGAGGUGGUGGGUGAGAGUGACAGGAAACUUUUUCAUUCCAUGGUUGGGGCACUCAACUAUGCGGCUAACCACACACGGCCUGACAUUGCCUUUGCAACAUCCAGGCUUGCCAGUGUGGUUUCACGCCCCAGUCAUGAGCAGCUGGAAGCGGCCAAGAGGUUGGUCCGCUAUGUGAGUGCAACGGCAUCAGUGGGUUUGGAGUACAGUGCUGUGAGGCAGAGGCUGCAGAGGGGUGCAGCUGAUUUGAGCAAGGGGGAGAUGCUCCUGACCUGCUACACUGACGCUAGCUUCAACUCGGUGAAAGCGGAUGGCACCAGCAUUGGAUGCUAUGUGUGCCUGUUCGGAGGUGGUGCAGUGAGCUGGCGCAGUAAGAAGCAGAAUGAAGUGGGGCAGUCCUCGUGUGAGACAGAGUACAUGGCCCUGCAUCAUGGGGCAAAGGAGGUGGUGUGGCUGAGGCGUUUAAGGCUCCUGGACAAGGAGGUGCGGCUGGAGAUUGUGAAGACCCAUCAGCAGGCGGCUGACAUUCUCACCAAGCGCCUGGCUGAAUCAGAGCAUUGGAAGGGCAUGAAGCUUGCUGGGAUGAGUGUGCAUUGA